AAGCCGAGAUCUUCGCAGAGGGAAAAGUGCAACUAGUUUGGACCAGUUCGCUUGCCGUUACGGCGGAGCGUCUCGCGAAGGAUUGUGGGUGUCGGCCUCCUCACGUGAGGCUUGGAGAGGGAUUCCGGACGCAUUUGGUUUCUUUGAACAUUUAUUCAAUAAAACAUUUAAAAAUGUCAUCCAAACAAGAAAUAAUGAGUGACCAGCGGUUUAGGCGGGUUACAAAGGACCCAAGAUUUUGGGAAAUGCCAGAAAAGGAUCGAAAAGUCAAAAUUGACAAGAGAUUUCGAGCCAUGUUUCAUGACAAAAAGUUUAAGUUGAACUAUGCUGUGGAUAAAAGAGGGCGCCCCAUCAACCAUAGCACUACAGAGGACUUGAAACGUUUUUAUGACCUUUCAGAUUCUGAUUCUGAUCUCUCCGAUGAAGAUAGCAAAGAAUUUAAUCAAAAGAAAAUAAAGAAGAAAAAAAAACAGAUUAAAAAAGAAACAGAUUCAAAAAAUCUGGUUGAGGAGAAAAAGAAAGAAACCAAGAAAGUUAGAAUCCAAAAGGAUUCUGAAAAUAAAAAUGAUUUAAAUAAUUCUGAAAGAAUUCAGAAAAUGAAAAACUCAUGUAAAUUUAAGAUAGAGUCAAGUAGAAGUCAAAAGAACGAUAGUGAAGAAUUUACCCCAAAAAGCACAAGAGAGAAAAAAAACAUUGUUCAACAUAAUACAGACUCUUUUCCCAAAGGAAAACUGAGAACAGUAGACUCCAGCACCUCUGAAAUUGUGAAAUCUCCCAAGAUCAAGUGUUCUAAGACGAGAAGAGAAAUGCAGUCAGCUCCACACAUAAUGGCAAGAGACAGUGAUGGUUAUGAAAACUCAAUGGACAGUAAAAUGUUUGAAAAAGAUGCUCUGGAGGAAGAAGAUUCGGAAAGUGUUAGUGAAAUAGGAAGUGAUGAAGAAUCUGAAAAUGAAAUUACAGGUAUUGGUAAAGCUUCGGUUGAUGAUAGUGGAAAUGAAGAUGAUGAAGAUGAGGAGGAGGAUGAAGAUGAGGAUAGUGAGGAGGAGGAUGAAAGUGACAGUGGCCCUGAUCUUGCAAGGGGUAAAGGAAAUAUAGAAACUAGUUCUGAAGAUGAAGACGAUAUGGCAGAUUUGUUUCCAGAAGAAUCUGGUUUUGAACAUGCUUGGAGAGAAUUAGAUAAAGAUGCUCCUCGGGCUGAUGAGAUUACACAUCGAUUAGCAGUUUGUAACAUGGACUGGGAUAGAUUAAAGGCAAAAGAUUUGUUGGCUCUGUUCAAUUCAUUUAAACCUAAAGGAGGUGUUGUAUUUUCUGUAAAGAUAUAUCCUUCGGAGUUUGGAAAGGAGAGGAUGAAGGAAGAACAAGUUCAAGGACCAGUAGAGUUAUUAAGUAUUCCUGAAGAUGCCCCUGAAAAGGACUGGGCCUCUAGAGAAAAAUUGAGAGAUUAUCAGUUCAAACGACUGAAAUACUAUUAUGCAGUAGUAGACUGUGAUUCUCCUGAAACAGCCAGUAAAAUUUAUGAGGAUUGUGAUGGCCUGGAAUUUGAAAGUAGUUGUUCCUUCAUAGAUCUAAGGUUUAUACCAGAUGAUAUUACUUUUGAUGACGAGCCCAAAGAGGUAGCCUCAGAAGUGGAUCUGACAGCAUAUAAACCAAAAUAUUUCACAUCUGCUGCAAUGGGAACAUCAACGGUGGAGAUCACUUGGGAUGAGACUGAUCAUGAAAGAAUUACAACACUCAACAGGAAGUUUAAAAAGGAAGAGCUUUUGGAUAUGGAUUUUCAAGCCUACUUAGCUUCUUCUAGCGAAGAAGAGAUAGAAGAGGAGCUACAAGGUGGUGAUGGAGUCAAUGUAGAAGAAGACGGGAAAACAAAGAAAAGUCAGAAGGAUGAUGAGGAACAAAUUGCUAAAUAUAGGCAGCUCUUGCAGGUUAUUCAAGAAAAAGAAAAGAAAGGCAAAGAAAAUGAUAUGGAAAUGGAAAUUAAGUGGGUUCCAGGUCUUAAAGAAAGUGCAGAAGAGAUGGUCAAAAACAAAUUGGAAGGAAAGGAUAAACUGACCCCUUGGGAACAAUUUUUAGAGAAGAAGAAAGAGAAAAAAAGACUGAAAAAGAAACAGAAGGCUCUUGCUGAAGAGGCCAGUGAAGAUGAACUUCCUUCUGAUGUUGAUUUGAAUGACCCAUACUUUGCAGAAGAAGUUAAAAAAAUAGGUACAAAGAAAAAAUCAAUAAAAUCUGCAAAAGAUGGCUUAUCUCCAGAAGAAGAAAGUGAGAUAGAAAGACAAAAGGCUGAAAUGGCUUUGCUCGUGAUGGAUGAAGAGGAGGACAGCAAGAAACACUUCAAUUACAACAAGAUUGUUGAGCACCAGAAUCUGAGCAAAAAGAAGAAAAAACAGCUCAUGAAAAAGAAGGAAUUAUUAGAGGAUGACUUUGAGGUAAAUGUUGGUGAUGCACGGUUUCAGGCAAUGUAUACUUCCCACUUGUUCAACUUGGAUCCCUCAGAUCCUAAUUUCAAGAAAACAAAGGCUAUGGAAAAAAUCCUUGAGGAGAAAGCCCGGCAAAGAGAACAAAAAGAACAAGAACUUAUUCAGGCAAUAAAGCAAAAAGAGAGUGAGGUUCAAAAGGAAUCACAAAAGAAGUCCAUUGAUCCAGCCUUGUCAAUGCUAAUUAAAUCUGUAAAAAACAAAACAGAGCAGUUUCAAGCAAGAAAAAAACAAAAAGUCAAAUAACUUGAUAUUGUUUCUUUUUGGACUAAGAAUAUGUUCUCCUAAAGUAUACAGAAAUAGUAGAAGGAAUAGUUAUUGAGAACAAAGUUAGCUUUCAAGAAUAUAAAUAAAAUCUUACUGUGACCACAGUAAAAUAUUUCUCCAAAAAUAAUUGUUGUACCUAAUUGUGAAUGACUGACAGAUUUGUACUGUAUAUUCCCACAGAUUUAUUGUUAUUAAAUCAAAUUACCUUGAUUAUAGUAUUUAUAAAAUUUUUAUAGUUUACGAAGUUUAGUUCCAACUAGUAGAAAGUUACUCUAGCUUUUUUUAAAGGACUGUUUAUAAUUCUGUGUUAAAAUAGAGCGGUAUCUACUCUGGAGUCUGUGUAAAGGUUAGGGACAAUUUGAAAAUGUGUAUAUGUAAUACAUUAAUUUCUCUGGAAGCAGGAGGCAGAUUUAGAUAAUUUAUUUUUCUAGCCACAAAGGAUGGAAGCCAAGGACUUUCUUUAUAAUUUGGUCAUGUUUAAUAUGGUUUAUGAGUUAACUUGUAAAUAAAGGUGUAAAAUAUUUUA